AUGGGCUUGACUUUUCGCCUCUGCCUGUGCUCACUCCUAUGCGACGGCUGGAGCCUUGUCACACAGAGUAGCUGGGCUGUUUCGACCGCCCAGCUUUCGUUGGAAGAUCCCUGGAACUUUGGUCCCGUGGACAGAACCGAAGCAGACAGACAAACUCGUCCGCGAUUCAAGAAGUCGUGCUACGGCAUGGAUGAUGACCUGAGGGGAAAGGUAGCCACACCAGAAGCCACACUAUCUCAUGCGUCUUUCAUGGUGGGAGAAACCAUGGUGCACGGGUCCGUCAGCUUGUACCAAUCAGUCCGGCGUCGAGUGCAGGGAGCUGGCGCAAAGAAGUGCUCGAGUGAACCGGAAGGUGUGGCCAACCUGCUUGGACGAUGA